UUAAGUGAUUAUAUAUGUUUAUAGGAACAAAUUAAGAAAGCUAUGGAAGAUGCCCCAACUUCUAGUCAAUAUGACUUGGUAGUCAAAUGUUUUGGAGAACAAAAUCAUGGCCAUAUGACUUGCUUUGGAGGUGCUGUGAAGCCUAAAGACUUGAAGGUUGGUAGCUCAAAAGAUAAGGGGUUAGAUGCUAGAUUGCGCCAAUCUGAAGAAGAGAAGGUUGCUAUGCGAAAGCGUAUAGAGGAGCUUGAGGCUACAGAGAGAGAUAGAGAGGCUGCAGAGAGAGAUAGGGAGGCUGCAGAGAGAGAAAGAGCUGAAAUGAAUGCUCAAAUGAUGGUUGAAAUGAGGGCUGAAGUGAGAACUGAAACUAGGGCUGAAGUUAUGGGGGAAAUGGAAGUUAAAAUAGCGGAACAAGUUAAAGUUCAAGUGGCAGCAAUGUUGGGUGCUCGAUCGUCAAAGAAAAAGAAACCAACUUAGAUCGUAUAUGUUGGUGGGAUGAUGAAACGAGGUUUGUUUCCUCAAGUUUAAGAUGACUAUAUUAUAUUAGAGAUUGAAGCAUAAUGGAUUUUGAUUCUUGACAGAAGAAUAGC